AUGGCGCGCCUCCUCCGAGCGCUCCCGCGCCUGCUGCUCCGGGAGGCGCCGCGCGGGGCCGUGCGGGGCCGAGCGGGCGACUGCGGGCCCGGUGCGGGGGCCGGACGCGGGGACGCAGGGUCUCCCGCAAAGCACGAGCCGUCUCUCACCAAGAGCGAAUGGCAGAAGAAACUGACCGCAGAGCAAUUCUACGUCACGAGAGAGAAAGGAACAGAACCGCCUUUCAGUGGGAGCUACCUAGAUAACGAGGAGGCAGGAAUGUAUCACUGCGUGUGCUGUGACAGUCCGCUCUUCAGUUCUGAGAAAAAGUACUGCUCUGGCACGGGGUGGCCUUCGUUUUCUGAGGCUCACGGUACAUCUGGCUCUGAUGAAAGCCACACAGGGAUCCUGAGACGUCUGGACACCUCCUUAGGAUCCACUCGCACAGAGGUUGUCUGCAAGCAGUGUGAAGCUCAUCUUGGCCACGUGUUCCCCGACGGGCCUGCACCCACUGGCCAGAGAUUUUGCAUCAACAGCGUGGCCCUGAAGUUCAAGCCAAAGAAACAGUGACUGUCUCCAAGAGUCCCUGUCCCUGCCACCCUUUCAUUUGCACCUUUGAUGUCCGGAAUUCAUCUGAAUGACUUGCUUUAUUUGCUGUAAAACUGGGCUGAGUUUGC